UUUAAGGUGCCCGAGGCUCGCGGGCGCUGCGCUGAGGGACGGCGCGGGGGCGCGGCCUGCCUCCCUCGCCCAGCCCCGCGGCUCGCCCAGGCCUCGGCCGACCUGCGGGGGAACAAGGGCCAGGCAGUCUCGCGGCGCCGCGGCGCACGCUUCCUGGGAGUUGAUUGUCCCUGAAGAAACAUGAAGACACACUGUGGUGUUAUGCUUACUCUAGCCAUCCUGGUGUUCCUGACAUGGGUCCCUGUGUCACUGAGUUGUAACAAAGCACUCUGUGCUAGUGAUGUGAGCAAAUGCCUCAUUCAGGAGCUCUGCCAGUGCCGACCUGGAGAAGGAAAUUGUUCCUGCUGCAAAGAGUGUAUGUUGUGCCUUGGGACCCUUUGGGAUGAGUGCUGUGAUUGUGUUGGUAUGUGCAAUCCUCGAAACUACAGUGACACACCUCCAACCUCAAAGAGCACUGUGGAAGAGCUUCAUGAGCCAAUCCCUUCUCUCUUCCGGGCACUCACAGAAGGAGACACACAGUUGAACUGGAACAUUGUUUCCUUCCCUGUUGCAGAAGAACUCUCACAUCAUGAGAAUCUGGUUUCAUUUUUAGAAACUGUGAACCAGCCACACCAUCAAAAUGUGUCUGUUCCUAGCAAUAAUGUUCACGCACCUUAUUCCAGUGACAAAGGUCUUUCAUUUUCUACUUUGUUCCUUGGAUUCUCUGAUUACUCUUUGAGUCCUAGUGGUUAUUAUGCCAUAAACACAUGUGUACUGUGGUUUAUUUUGAUGACUGCAUGUCCAUACAUCAGUGUAAAAUAUCCUGUGAGUCCAUGGGAGCAUCCAAAUAUCGCUGGUUCCAUAACGCCUGCUGUGAGUGCAUUGGUCCAGAGUGCAUCGACUAUGGUAGUAAAACAGUCAAAUGUAUGAACUGCAUGUUUUAAAGGAGAAGAAUGCAAACCAAAGCAUUUUAGUCAACAAGAAAGAUAUAAAAAACUAUUUGGUGAGGUUUACUGGUUGUACCAGGAUGCCAGCAGGUUAAGGAAACAUAAGAAUUUGGACUGAGUUAUAGUAUGUCGAAUGCAUUAAUGUGUUCAAUUAUAAGUAUAACUGCUCUGGUUGGUUUUAUAGCCCACUGGCAAUAAGCCCCUUCCUCUCUAUCCAUUUACAGCUUUGGUCAUAUGAGAAGCAAGUACACAGAGAAUUCCUUGUAAGAUCUGAGGUUUCUAACAUAAAGCCUGAGGUCUUUUUCUUCUAGCAUUCCCAAAGCCUUUGGUUUUGAAAGUGUUCGAGGACAUUAACGUAAGUUAUGGUUUCUUCAUUUACUGCUCCUGAGAUGCUGAGUUUUUCCAGUUGCACACUAGACGUCAUUCACUGUGCCUUGUCUCGUUUAUCUCUUCUGUAAAUAGGGUAGAUACUCAAAUAUAUCACCCUGAGAACUCCCGUAAAAAUCACUGUCAAAAGCUUAAUUUCAAAUCUUGUAAUGUUGGUUUUAGAAAGUAAAUGCUUACUACAUUUUACAGUUUAAAACUUUUACAUAGUAGAAUCCAUCCUGUAAUACACGUGCUGACAGAACUUUGGGGAAGAUUCUCCUUCUACACCCCCUGCCCAAAGUACUGGUGUAGGUACUGGUGAAGAAUUUUCAACAGGAAUUUCAAAGCACAUCUAUAUCACUGCAUUAAAUAUUCCACUAGGUAAAUAAUGAGAAAGUUACAGCAUUUCUCUGACUUAAGGUACCAGCUUAAAGAGCACUAGGAGUGGGAAAUGCCUGCCAAAUCAGACUCUACUUAGAGCGCCAGAGAAGCAGCUUGUCCCAUUUACAGAGAUGGCAAGACUGAAAACAGAAGCUGUGCUGCCGGGUAGAGAGAAUGAGCCCACUCAGCCUUAGCAUGGGCACGGCCAUGUUCCCCAGCGAUGAAUGAUAGGAGGGGAUAAAGAAGAAACUGAUGGGUAUGAGCAGGGAGGGUUGAAAAUACUGACAGUUCUUCUGGGAAACAAACCUUAAACUAUUUGCAUUAAUUAUUUUGUUAUAUUAUAAUCUUUAGGUUUCUGUCUGGAUUGAAUGUUCUUAUUAAACAAGUAAUCAAUCGUACAGUGGGAAGUUAAGAUUAUGAAAUGAACAAGAGAUCUGUUCAAGAUGAUGUUAACUUCAAAUACAUUAUAGAUUAUUUUGUUUUACAUAUUUCGAUAAUGAUAAGCUUAAAUACAUGUACCCUUCAUUAUAAUAAAAUCCCAGUCAUCAAGCAUGAAUCUAAAACAUAAAUAUUUAUAUUACAGAGAUUCAUAACUUUACAAAAUUAUUAAUUUCUUCAGUACCUUAUGGAAUUACAAGUAACAUGUAGAAAUAUCUUUAUAUGUCUAAAUAUUUUAGUACAUAGAAACAGAUAAGCUUUUAGAUACUUUGUAUUCAUUAUAUGAACAGUAGUUAGUUACAAGAUCAUAUGUAAUAUCAUGAUUAGCAUAAAAUCUAAAGCCUUAGUACCUUUUCUGUUCUUUCAGACAACUCUAAUGAAUACAAGGUACUUUCCACAAAUUUUUGGCCUUUUAAAAAAUAGCUGAAAUUUAGCUCUUGUAUAUUUUUUUAAUAGGAAAACAUUGGGAUAUCUUUUUCUUUCUUUUACCUAGAAUGCCUCUGUUUAAAAGUGCCUUGAAGACAUUUUAGUUCCCCUUCCUCAUUAAUGCCUAUAAAGCUAAAACUUUUCUUAAAAACUUUAAACUUAAAAAAAGAAAGUUUUAAAAGAAUCUGCAUCCAGCUUCUUCAUU